CUGUCUUAAAGCCGGAUCGAGUGCGAUCGAGGCGGGGUGAUCAGCAUCAUCAUCAUUCAUCACGAUUAGAUAAAACGUCUGACGUACUCUGCCCUGCCGAGUGCUCCCAGGUGCUCCCCUGUCCUCGCCCCUUCUCUUCUUACCACCUCAUCCAGCACUCUCAUAUCCAAACUUCAAGUAUUCGGCGUCGAAGAGACACCACCGCUUCACGAGCAACGACUCCGGAUAUCGCACUCGCGCCCACUCAACAGCAUCUCCUCGGGGUCAUCUGAGCGCUUCGGCGAGCGCGCUCCAUCGACAUCACCAGCAUAGACAUACAAUAGCACUUGAGUCAAGCAGAUAGACCUGCAAGACACGCUUGCCGACCAUGAUGGGGUUCUUCACCAGCACGGCGUCGCAUAUCAAAGGAGCCAAGUCGGAGGACAAGGCCCCCGAGGAUACUGAGCCCGAUGACACGUCGAUUCUUGACGAGAACGAAGGUUCCAUCAUCAUGUCGCUCAUUUCGCAGCUGAGAGUCGGGAUGGAUCUGUCGCGUGUGACGUUCCCAACCUUCGUCCUCGAGCCGCGCAGCAUGCUCGAGCGCAUCACUGACUUUAUGUCCCACCCCGAUCUCAUCUUCGGCGCGGACAAGUGCGAUGACCCGGAGGAGCGUUUCCUGCGCGUCCUUCAGUACUACCUGGCCGGAUGGCACAUCAAGCCCAAGGGCGUCAAGAAGCCAUACAACCCCGUCCUCGGCGAAUUCUUCCGAUGUCGAUACGACUACUCGAACGGCACGCAGGGCUUCUACAUUGCCGAGCAAGUCUCGCAUCAUCCGCCCAUCUCUGCGUUCUACUACACAUCACCCGAGAACCAUGUCAGCGUAAUCGGGGAGCUGCGACCAAAGUCACGGUUCUUGGGCAACAGCGUGUCGACGCAGAUGGAUGGCGAGAACCGUGUCAUCCUUCACGGCGCGCCAGGGGAUGGCGACUAUGUGAUCACGAUGCCGAACAUGUACGCCCGGGGGAUCUUGUUCGGCAAGAUGGUCCUCGAGCUCGGCGACACCUGCACUGCAACGAACGAGAACAAUGACAUCCACUGCGACCUGGAGUUCAAGACCAAGGGCUUCUUCUCCGGCACGUACAACGCGAUCGCCGGCCGCUUGCGGCACAAAGACAAGGACAUCGGCGAAAUCACAGGCCGCUGGAGCCACGUUAUGGAGUUCAAGGACACGAAGACUGGCAAGAAGCGUGUGCUGUUCGAUGCUGUCAAGGAUGGGCAGAAUGUGGCGCCGAAGUGGGUGGCACCAGAGGACCAGCAGGAGCCGAAUGAGUCCAGGAGGCUAUGGACGGAGCUCACUGCGGCGAUCCAGGCGAAGGACAUGGAAGCAGCGACAACGGCGAAGGCGAAGGUCGAGGACGCGCAGCGCGAACGGCGGCGACAGCUGGACGAGAGCGGCACCUCGCACGUACCGCGCUUCUUCAAGGAGCACGACGGGCGGUGGGUGCCAAAGACCCUGCUCAACACGGCGAAGGACCCUAAGGAAGCGAAGGCUGAGAUCGAGACCUUCAUCUUCGCGACAGACAUCCCUGCGCACAGCAAGACGUCGUCGGAGGCAUGAGUUGCUGGGCCGUCGAGCGUUUUCUUUCAGUCAUACGCACUACGAUCGCUCACGACCCCAGUCAAAUCUGGCGCUUUGGUUCGGUCUCAAUCCGAUAAUUGUGCCACUCUCAAAGCCAUGUACAAACAACACCGCCUCCGUGAACACUCCUCCGUACGCACAGGUCCGCUUUGCACCUCGAGGCAACGUUCCCCUCAUGACCCUGUAAUGUACUCACUACUCUCCGCUCCGCUGCGUUUGGUUCCAAUAAUAUAUCUACGAGUCGGGGAGAAUAAUGAAAGCGUAUCAAUCUAUAGUCGCACUCGAAG